AUGCGUGAGAUUGUGCAUCUCCAAGUGGGCCAAUGUGGCAACCAAGUCGGCUCUGCUUUCUGGCAGACCAUCUCGGGCGAACAUGGCCUGGAUAGCAGUGGCAUGUACAGCGGAACCUCUGACCUCCAGCUCGCGCGUAUGAACGUCUACUUUAACGAAACGUCCAGCAACAAGUAUGUGCCGCGCGCCGUGCUUGUUGACCUGGAACCCGGCACGAUGGACGCGGUGCGCUCCGGUCCGUUUGGUCGGCUUUUCCGUCCCGACAACUUUGUCUUCGGACACUCGAGCGCCGGCAAUAACUGGGCCAAAGGCCACUACACCGAGGGCGCCGAGUUGGUUGACCAAGUGCUGGACGUUGUCCGCCGCGAGGCCGAAGGCUGCGACUCCCUCCAAGGCUUCCAGAUCACGCACUCGCUCGGUGGCGGUACGGGCUCCGGCAUGGGCACGCUGCUGAUUUCCAAGAUUCGUGAGGAGUUCCCGGAUCGUAUGAUGGCUACCUUCAGUGUAGUGCCGUCUCCCAAGGUGUCCGAUACCGUCGUGGAGCCGUAUAAUGCUACGCUCUCGGUCCACCAGCUGGUUGAGAACUCCGAUGCGACUUUCUGUAUCGACAACGAGGCUCUGUACGAUAUUUCCAAGCGUACCUUGAAGCUAUCGAUUCCUACGUAUGGCGACCUUAACCACCUCGUGUCAACCGUCAUGUCCGGCGUGUCAACUUCGCUGCGCUUCCCCGGACAACUGAACUCCGACCUUCGCAAGAUGGCCGUCAACAUGGUGCCCUUCCCCCGCCUGCACUUCUUCAUGGUCGGCUUUGCGCCCCUCACUAGCCGUGGCUCGCACUCGUUUCGCGCCGUCUCUGUCCCCGAGCUCACCCAGCAGUUGUUUGACCCCAAGAAUAUGAUGGCCGGCUCCGAUUUCCGAAACGGUCGCUUCCUGACGUGCUCGGCCAUCUUUCGCGGAAAGGUUUCUAUGAAGGAGGUGGAGGACCAGAUGCGCAAGCUUCAGCAGAAGAACUCGGCUUACUUUGUCGAGUGGAUUCCCAACAACGUGCAGACGGCGCUGUGCUCUGUCCCGCCGCAGGGGCUGAAGAUGUCGUCCACCUUUGUCGGUAACUCGACCGCCGUCCAAGAGAUUUUCAAGCGCGUCGGCGAGCAGUUCACGGCCAUGUUCCGUCGCAAGGCCUUCUUGCACUGGUAUACUGGAGAAGGCAUGGACGAGAUGGAGUUUACCGAAGCCGAGUCUAACAUGAAUGACCUGGUGGCAGAGUACCAGCAGUAUCAGGACGCGGGCAUCGAUGACGACGUCUACGGUGAGGAGGAUCAUGGAGAGGAGGAAGUCCCUGCCGAGGUCUAG